CGACUGUCUGGCGUCUGCAGUAUUACGAGGGCAACGGCACUAAUCAUACCUGUUACGCUCUCCAAGUGAAGUUCGUUCUAAUCGACCUUUCACCGCAAGUUUGAUAUAUUUUCUUCUCGAUUCAUCAAAGAGGAAAACCCGGCAAAUAUCCAAGAUGAACUACGAUCAAGGAAUUGAUAAGAUUUUGGCCCAGAUGGACAACAAGAAUCAAGAAGGUACCGAGGAAGCUGACCAAAAUGGCGGUAACGCCGAAUACCAGGAUAACGACGAGUAUGUGAAUUUCGUUAUGAGAGAAUUGAUCAGCGGACAUGAGAGUCUAGACUUCUCAGACACCAGUGAUGCUACUCCUCCUGCUUCUUCUGAAGUCAUACAACCAUCAUCAGCGCCAAUUCCUCAACAAGAGGCAAACCAAGUUGCUGUUAGUUCAGUUACGUUUGAUUCGAGCGCUGCCAGUCGCGUUCACUACAACACGUCAUGGCCAGUCACUGCAUCUUACAUGACGAAUGGAAAGCAAGUACUCAUCCUAUCGCAUCCCCUUCCAGCUGCUGCUACACCUGCUGGCCAACCUGCUUCUGCCCCCGAGUCUACUGUAGCCUCCUUCACAGGCCAACCCAUUGCGACUGCCUUCCUGGAAGGGCAGCAGGUACUUGUCCCAGGCAUAAUUAAUCAGCAACCACAGAAUGUGAUUUUCACUGCUCAGGCACCAGUGGUGUCGCAGCCUCAUGCUGCAAACGGCGUUGUGGUUGCUUCUGCUGCCAAUUCACAGAACGUGAUAAUUGCAAAUCCCGCACCUGCUGCUACUGCUACUGUUGCUGACCAGACCAUUGUGAGAUCUCAGACAUCUGAGUGGACUGCUGCUGCCCCUUCUGUUGCUGCUGCUGCUGUGGUGACCCCACCAUCUGUUAAACCUGCUGGUGCAGAAAGCAAGAAAAGGAAGCUUUAUGAGGCGGCACAGUUCGAAGACCCUGAAAUGGAGAGGAGGCGCAAAAACGCCCAGAACGCCAAGAACCACAGAGACAAGACCAAGCUCAGAAUCCAGGAAUUGACAGAAGAGCUCAGACAAUCCCGUCAAGAGACAGCCGACGCACAAGCUCAGGUCAAGAGACUGAAGACAGAGCUGGAUCAGCAGAAGGCGGACAAGACCACCCAGCGGGAAGAGCUGAUGAGGGAGAUCCAGAACCUUAGGCAGGAGAAUGAGAGUCUGAGGGCCCAGGAGCAAGCCAUGGUUCAGCAGGACAAACUUGGAUUUCAAGAUUUCGACGUAAAUCAGUUUUUCAAGUAGACAAGAUCACGACCUGAACUUCCAGUGUAUCGUUGAGGAUGACAAAGAACUCUUGCUUUGCUGAAUCAAACUAAAGAAAACUUUAAAAAAAAAAAAUUGAAGAGAAAAAAUAAAAUGACACUACUCGCUCUAGAAGUCUACACCUAAAGUGACACGUUUUGUGUCUAUCUUAACACAUGAAUAUAUUUAUUAAAUAUUUUAAGAAAUGAAUAUAUUUUUAAAAAAAAUUAAACUUUAAAAAAAAAUAUCGCAGAGCGAGUACUAUUCACUCGCUUUUGCGGUGAUAUGUUUAUAUUUAUAAAUAUUCAUCUUCUGGAAGUGUAUUGAGCUAUUAAUGAAUUUUGAUAUUUAAAGUAGAUGCUUUAGUUACUUUUACACUUCAUCUAGUAAGUAACUUAUGUUAUUGUCUGUGCCAAAAGAAACUAGGUCUAUUGAAGUGAUUUUUUCAAUGUACAUAAUGUAUGUUUUCUGUAUUUACAGCCCCCCCGCCCACCCCCCCCCGAUGGCAGAAUGGUCAUGACCACUUGGCUCCCCCCCAAGUGGUUCAUGACCUUCAAGAUGGGUGCCUACUCGUCAAAUGGAAGCUGUAACCAACGGAAAUCUAAGUGGAUAUUGGACGACUGGAUCCAUUAUGCAUCUGCGGGUUGAGUCACCAUUGACGGAAGGACGAAGGAAUACCCAAACUUAAGCCCCGGAUUUCGGAGAACUGGAAACUGAUGCUUCAGAUGUUGCUCAUUCUGAGGAGAAAUGAAGAUGAGGACUUGAUGGAAGAUGGAGAACUGGAUAGGAAAGAGAGCUGGAUGGCACAUGUAGACAUCAAGAACUGGAGGGAAGAUGGAGAUAUAGAAUUGGAUGCUGCUGGCGUUUGAAACAGACAAAAAUCAUUACUGCUGAUGGAAGAUCGUGUUAUAAGUGAAAGUGGAACAAAUUCUCAACCAUUUUGAGGAAAUUGUUCAAAUUUUGUGUAAGAUUUUCAAAGGUGCUGAGUUUCCCAAGACCUCUUUGUAUACUGUCACUCCCUAGUUAUUGUUUUUAGUGAAAACCUGAUGAAGAGGAAUGUAUAUGUUUCGAUAAUCCCUGUGAAAACUAUAUGUAUUUCUUGGGAAACGACUAUCUUAACAUAACCGAAGUUUUAUUGUACUAAAUUCACUGCAACCCAGUGCCUUGAAUUUUAGGAUAACUUAGAUUUUUUGUUCAUUUGCAGAGCAAAGGCUGUGACGAUAAAGUGCAUCUAAUUUCUGAAGCAUAUCAGUUAUGCACCACUUUUACAAUUACUCAUAACAUGACAUUUGCAUAACUUGAAACGACACCAAGUGGUUGUUCUCAUUUGUAACAGCUCUUUAUUGUGAGGGUUUCAAAGGCAAAGAUAGAUGAAAUAUUUGAAUUAACGGUAGAAUAUAUGCGUGUCUCUGAGUAAAUAAUUUAUAAUGACAUUUUUUUUAUGAGAUUAAUAACAUGAUGUUUACAAAUAGCAUUUGAAAGUGGUAACAACAAAAAACCUACUAUCUAAUGGCAUAGGGCAGUAUAGUAUUUAAGUUUAUAUAUGCUUCUUAUAUCUUUGAAAUUCCUUUUAUUUCUUUAAGGUACGCAUAUACAAAAUUGUUCUGUAUAUCAGCCAAUGGAUAACUAUCCAUACCAGCCCAUUUCAUAUCUCGCAAGUAACAGCUCUGGGUCUGACUUAGUGAUUGCUAUGAACAUUAAUCCGCAUAACUCAUAUUUCCUCUUACUCGGGGAGUAAGCUUACAAACUACUUUGUCGUUUUUUUCGGCUUUAGGAAAGGUCUAUGGAAGAGCCUAAAACGGUCUGAUGAAGGUACAGGAAUUUUAGGAUCGGAUAUUUAUGAUUUAUUUGUUAGUAGUAGAAAAAAAUAUGUGCAUGUUAAACAGUGCAAAAAAACUUUACCUAAAAAUAUCGUAUAUUUAUUUUAAUUUUCGUUGGUGAAACAAGGCUCUAUUUGACCAUAGAUUUUAGUGCGUCUUAAAUAUUGCACAAGUUCCCAGGUACUCUGGAAGUCUGAUCACGCCUAGUUAUGUUUGUCGUGCGAGUUUCGUUUCAGCAGAUAGACCAGGCUAGACAUAGCAGACUUUAGGCAUAUACUGUAUAUAGAAAAUAAACAUCUAAAGUAUUCACAGGUGUUGUACGACCAAGAAGUGACAACCACCAUAAAGUUAGGGUUAUACAUUUUAAAGUAUAAACAUUCCUCAGUUUUUCCUUCUCUUCUUUUCCAGCUCCGGUUAAAUAAAGCAUGAAUAUGUAUUUAUUGAAGAAGUUUGCUGUUCUUAUUGCUCUGGCUACCUAUUUAGGUUGAAGGUAGAAUAUUUCUGCUUAUGAAUAUGCUUUCAGUCUUAGUGUAUCUGUAAUUUUAUUACAGCUCUCUUUCCUUGGAGACACUUGCACAGACACAUGACUUAACGCAUGCACGAUUUACCUAAGGUCUUCCAUACUGGCACGUGUGUACAGCAUAAAUACAUGUGUUGUGUCAUUUUAAAUAUGCAAGUAUUGAGCACAAAUGUAAGGUAGUUUCUACGCUGUACGUGAUCUUGUAUUUUGUAUUUUGUAAGACUCCUCAAAGAUAUUGAUUAGUAAGCUGAGGUGCUAAUUGGAUUCCAAUGUAUAUAUUAUAUAGUACAUAUAUGUAUAUAUCUGUAAUAUGUAAAUAUUUAAAGUAUAUAAUGUAUAUAAAUAUAUAAUGAAAUGUACAAUAUAUAUAAUGUUAUACCUAUAAUAUAUAUGUAUAUUGUCUUAUAUAAUUAGAUAUACAAUAUAAUUUUUACAUAUAAAAGAUAUAAAUUAUAUAUGUAUAUAUUUAAUGUAUAUACGUAUGUAUAUAUAUACUAAAGAUACUAUAUAGAGUGUAGGUAUUUCUUAACAAUGACGAACUGACACAUCUCCUUACAUUAUCCUGGUGAUAUCUUGUGAUGAUUUACACAAUCAACAAUAUAAGUUAUGAUUCCUAAGGAAUACUUAUCAUAUGUAAAUAAAUUAUUGAUACAGUGAUUUUUUUGUCAUAUUGACAUAUUUUGUUUGUUGGUUUUUUUAUAUAUAUAUAAUUCUACAUUAAUACCUGUUGAGAAAAGUCGCUGUAAGUGAUUUAAGUGAUUUAUUUGUAAGUAAUGUUGUAUCAUAUCUUACGGAAUAAACUUAUUUUAAC